UUGCAAGAAUUUGGAUUUUGGACCCUCCUGCGGCUCAGUUGCGCGUUCCCUGAGGCGGCCUCCGAGGGUUUUCCUGGCCUCGCAUGGCUUUCUCUGAAACGGGAGCACAGCUGGACCUUCCUAAGCCGUGGCUGGUAGCUUUGCCCUGCUUCCUUGCGCCUGGGCACCGUGGGUGCUAAGGAAGGAAGCCUUUCUCCAAGUUUCUAGUGUGUUUUGCAGCUGCGGUGUGAAGAACUGCGCCUCCACGGUGCACUUUGGAGUCUCUGGGUUCCAGCAAGCCCUUGUGCUCUUCCCAGACACAUGGACUCUGUGGUGCCCCUACAACCUUGGAAAAGGAGCAGCCGGAGCAGCUGGUCAGUGUUACAGAUUAUGACGUUCUGUUCAGUGUACCUCUUCAGAUGAGGACAAAUGUCUUGGCUGAAGGAGGUGAAUGAGCUGGCUGGCCACUCUUUAACAAGCAGGUGAAGGUGAACCACCAGCCAGCAUCUGUGCUUCCAGAAUCAGAGACUGGCACCACCUUGGGAAGCAGCCCAACAUAAGACGGGACAAUGUAUACCUUCCUGCCAGAGAACUUCACCCCAGUGAAGCAGAAGCCAGCCAAAGAGCUGAAGCCCAUGAUUGCUGCUAUCGUUGUGGGUCUUGUUUUGUUUAUUGCUGCAGUGGUUGCGUGGUGCUACUACGUGGCUUCCCUUCGGAAGGCAGAGAGGCUCAAGACAGAAGAGAUGGACUUGCGGCAGGAUGGAUUCACCAUCAAGAACCAGAAUGGCGAGCUGGUCUUCAGGGUGGCCUUCCAAUCAGGGGUCCUUGAUCUGGAGUCCUGCUCCAGGGAAGGGGCAAAUUUAACCUGCACCCGUACAGACAAAGGGAAGGUCAAUUUUUUCAUAAAGAUUGUUAACCCCAAAGACACGGUGAUCUGCUACCGUGUGCGCUGGGAAGAGUUUGUGGCGGACACAGUGGUGGAUCAUAAAAUGUUCUGGGGAGAUGCCCUAUGGUAUGGGGGCUGUGAAAUGAGUGUCCAGCACUGGCCAAUCAAGCUGCCAGGAUACCAGGAACCUAUGCCUUUUGUGACUAGUGAUGUGUAUUCUUUUAGGAACAGCUUUGGGGGUAUCCUGGAAAGAUACUGGUUGUCCUCCAAAGCAGCAGCCAUCAAGAUCAAUGACUCUGUACCCUUCCACCUUGGGUUCAAUGCCACUGAACCAUCUCUUGUUUUCCAAGCCAGGUAUAAAGAUUCUCCUUAUAAGCCUCCUUUGGGUCAGCAGCCUUUCCCUGAGCUGAGUUACCGUGUCUGCAUAGGUUCCGACGUCACCUCCAUUCACAAAUACAUGGUGCGGAAAUACUUCUACAAACCUUCCAAGAUACCCUCAAAGAAUGCAUUCAGGUAUCCCAUCUGGUCAACCUGGGCCUUGUACAAAAAUGACAUUGACCAGGAUAAACUGUUGCGUUUUGCAGAAAAUAUUAAAAAAUAUAAGUUCAACUGCAGCCAUAUUGAGAUAGAUGACACCUAUACACAAGCGUAUGGCGACUUUGAUUUUGACGCAGUCAAAUUCCCAAAUGUGACAGAAACCUUCAAGAAACUCAAAGAAGAGGGGUUUCAGAUCACCCUCUGGACACACCCGUUCAUAAACUACAAUUCCUCAAAUUUUGGGGUGGGGAUCGAGAAGCAGCUUUUCAUCAAGGAACCCACAGGGAGACUCCCUGCCAUGGUUGAGUGGUGGAAUGGCAUUGGUGCUAUCUUGGAUUUCACUAACCCUUCAGCCAGAGAUUGGUUUCAGAGCCAGCUGAGGCAACUCCGCAAUAAGUACGGCAUAUCGUCCUUCAAAUUUGAUGCUGGGGAGACGAGCUACCUUCCCAAACAGUUCAGCACCUUCCGACCUCUGUCGGACCCCAGUGUCUGGUCCAGGCGCUACACGGAAAUGGCCAUUCCGUUUUAUGAGCUGGCUGAGGUGAGAGUGGGCUAUCAGUCGCAGAAUAUCUCUUGCUUUUUCCGGAUCAUUGACAGGGACUCAGUGUGGGGCUAUGAGCUUGGGCUAAAAUCCUUGAUCCCUACUGUGUUGACGAUCAGUAUGUUGGGAUACCCUUUUAUAUCAGCUGACAUGAUUGGUGGAAACUUCUUUCCCAACAAAACUGAUGGGGCUGUUGAAAUUCCAGACCGAGAGCUCUACAUCCGUUGGCUCGAGUUGUCCGCCUUCAUGCCGUCUAUGCAGUUCUCCAUCCCCCCCUGGCUCUAUGAUAAGGAGGUCAUAGAAAUUGCCCUGAAGUUCACCAGGCUUCACGAGUCCUUGGUUGCCCCUCUCUUGCUGGAACUGGCCGGAGAAAUCACGGACACGGGGGAUCCCAUCAUACGGCCUAUCUGGUGGAUCUCUCCCGGGGACGAGUCUGCUCACAAAAUCGAUUCCCAGUUUCUCAUUGGUGACACCUUGAUGGUGGCUCCCGUCUUGGAGAUGGGAAAACAGGAACGAGACAUCUACAUCCCGGCUGGCAAAUGGCGCAGUUACAAAGGAGAGCUGUUUGAAAAAACUCCCACCUUGAUAACGGACUAUCCUGUGGACCUGGAUGAAGUGGCUUACUUUGUCUGGGUGUCCUAAGCUGCUUCCACUGACGUUGAUAGCUUUGAACCUUCACAAAAGUCACCUUGCCUUAUUCUGAUAAUCCUAACACGAAAUAAUUCUAAUCAGUGCAGAGGGUAGAAGGGGAAAAUAGGACACAAUUGCACAUUAAAUCUCCAAAUCAAGACUGAACGAUGUGUGUGCAAUUAAAAAAUGCUGCUAAAAGACGAACGUUGUCACAAGAUUUGCACACUGCAGCAGAAGGCCUUUUCAGGCCCCAUAUGGAAGCUGAGAUCAGAGAGUUGUUUCAGAAGUUUGGGUGUUCACACUCAAAUGUUUUUCUUCCAUUUUUUUCAAAGGUGGGGCUUGCAACGCCAAAAUCCUUAGUGAUUUAUCAAUCACUCCACCAUCUAGUGCUUCUGACCUGUUUAGUGUCAUGGGCUGGGAAGCACGGGAGGAGUCUUGCUACAAGCUGCGGAGAGUUUGCUCCCGAUCUGGUUUCAAAUAGGAGCCAAAAGAAGCUUUGCAAAAGGUGCAAGAAUGUCAGCCCAUCCAGGAAGAACUGUUUCGUUUUGUUUUUAAAUUGGGAAGGCAUCUAAUAUUCCUACAACCAAAGCUGUCUGCAGGAGGGGAGGUAAAGGAAAAUCAGGAGGGUGGUCACGAAUGCAUGAUCAAAACCCCACUCUUUUCAGCAUGUGUCACAUAUGCGAUACAUGUCAAAAAGGGGCAGGGCUUCACAUGUUCCCAGCCACCAGCUUGACUUUUCAGAGCCCCCUGCGGACUUCUUGGUAUGGCACAACUAGCCUUAAGUUUUAAUACACCAUAAGCUAUUAUUUGAAAUGAGCUUUGUUUUCCUAAAGAGAAUAAAUCCAAUUAAUACAGGUAUAUAUUUAUAGAGAGACAGAGAUAUCUCCCUGUCUGAUUUUGGACAAGGCUGGUAUCAGAGGAAUGAACUGGCCGCACAGAUUUGGUUAGUGGGCUGGGCUGGUUCCUCAGCUCUUGGCUUUGGAAAAGAUGGGAAGGCUGCGUGUUAGCCUAAUGUUCCCAGUCUCGCUCCUCAAAUGUUUUGAGAUUGCUUCCAUUGGCUGCGGGAUUCUGGGACUUGCAGUCCCAACACGUUUGGAAGGCUACCAGUUGGAGAAGGAGGCAUUUGUUUGUCCCUCCCACUGCUAGCCACUUUCUUGCCCAGGUAGCUAACCCAGACACAUCUGUCCGUCCAUCCAUCCAUCCAUCCUUCCUCAAUAUAGUUGUAAUUUCACCCACAGCACCUGGUAAGUUCAAAUUUACCUGGGUCUCCUGCUGCUGGUGCCCUUCCUGGGUAAUGUUCAUAGGGCCGUUGGAGUUCAUUGCCUUUCCAAGGAUCCUUCAACUCAUCAGCAGCUCUCAAGGAUUGGCCAGAUAGAUUGAGAGUUCUCGCCUGGGACCUCCAUGGUGCUACGGGUUAGAGUGGCAGCUGAGGGUCAGGAUAGGAACCCAGAAGUUGGCUUGCUAACAGCACAUAGAACAAAGCAAUUCUUCCUGUGCCAAAAAGGGAGGAUUGUGGUUUCUUUUUCUGGAAGACAGAUGUAAGUUAGUGCAGUUUGGAUACUAGACUAUUUUCAUUAAACUUGGCAAGAUUCCUCAUUUGGUUAUUUCUUUCUGAAUUCAGGAAGGAAUCUAAGUUCCCAUUGACCUACCUGUAAUUCUAAGGUAACCAUGCCAUUUUUGGAAAAACGAAUGAAAGGUAUUAUUUCCAUACCUCCUUGAGCAGUAGAUGCCUUGACAUCCUUCCCAUCUCAUUUCAUACCUUUGUCAGGUAGCAUAUUUGGGCUGCAGAGAUCCAAAGUAUCGCUAGAUGACAGCAAGGAGACAGAGAAAGCUAAUGUCUGGCUGUCAUCUUGCCCAGACCCAGGGGCCUGCACUACCUGCAACUGUGCACAUUUAGGACUUACAAAGCAAUGCAACAGAAAAUUUGGAUCACUGUCUGGGAACAGAAAAGAGAUGCAAGGUGAGGAAACAGAGAAAGACAAGAGCCGAGAAGAAGGAAGAACCUGAACCAAGGGAGGGAUGAUGACAUUUUAGUUUAAAGGUGAGGUGGGAGAGAGAUGGAGGUUUGUACAGUUAUGGAUCAUGAGGAGAAAGUGAGAGGAAGGAAAUAUGUUUUCCUUCUCUGUCAUAAAAUUAAAACCCAGCUGAGUCACCCAUUGAAGUUGAUGGUAAAUGGUGAAGAUUUGUAAUCUGUCCAGAGAACGUGGGGUAUCAGGUGGAUCAGAAUUUAAUAAAUAAUAAUGCUAAUAUUGUCUAGCCUGACUCAUUUUGCAGCUAGGAUAAAAAUGAGAAAAAAGUUGAAAUGCUGAGUUUGGGGAAGUAAACAUCCCAUCUUUAAUAUUAAACAUCUCCAACUUCCCCAUAUCCUUGUUAAUCCAUUUGGAUGGUGAAACUAUCAUACCUUGUCAGUUUUCUCAUUUGGCCCAAAGGGGGUAAACUUGUAAGCCAUGAAAUACAUUUUCCCCAACUUACCACUUUCCAGAAAAGUUGGACUAAACUCACACCAUCAAAGCCAGCAGGGCAUCAUAUUUCUUUUUCCAAAUUUAAAACUCUGGGGAGAAGGUUAGCACAUGGACAAAACUCCAGGAAAGGGUUAAAUGAGCCAGUCAAAUAAGCUGUGGGUUGCUGGCUCUACUCCCAGGCAAGUAUUGCAUAGGGUGAAACUAAUUAUACCCAGUCAGCUGUAUGAGGGAACAUCCAACCCAGUCAAUCGCCUAUUCUGCAUACUGAAUCCUUUGUAUUUCCCAUGCACCAAUGACAGAGGCUUAGCCACGCCUACUGCUGCCUCACUAGCCAAUAGGGAAGGAGCUAGUGAUACAGUGGAGCUUUGCCCCUACUCUCUUGGCACAAGACUUCAUGGGAUUAUGAGUGUUCCCUGAAGGAAGUAGAUGGGGACUCUUCUCACCAAAACAUGACUGUGACCCGUUAGUGACACUGUGUGUUGACCAAUAAAGACUCAUCACAAGAUACGGCUGGGUUAAAUGUGUUAUAGAAAUGGGGCUCAGGGUUUCUAUAACUGGACUGCAAAGAUCUGGAUGACCACAAGAUAAUAACAAAGAGAUAUAUAGGCAGUCUUUCGGUUAUGGGAGCAUUCCAUUCCAGGAAUCCUUGUAGAAGCCAAUUCUUACACAUGUUAGAUUAUGUGCUGUGUGCAUGUCUCUUUGCGUCAUAUCAAAAUUACAUAAGCUGAGGCUAUGUUCCCUGGGGACUGCCUGUGGAAACCCAUAACUAGGCUAUAGAAGUUGCAUAAAUAAAUAACAUAAAAUAAAUGAACUGUCUGCAGCCAUCUAGUGGGCAUUAGGAGAUUGUGGGCAUCCUGGACCUGACAGCCCUAACAAAGCUGGUGUCUUUCUCCCUGUGCAUUGAAAGCUUUUGCCAAAGUCACAAAUGGUGUGCAUGAAAUACUGUAAUCCAGGAGACUCUGGUGAGUUCAACCUGCUUAGCCUCAAACCAAGGGUGGCAAAGUCAUGUCCUGGAGGCUCCCAGUCCAGCCACUGCUGAUUCGCAAAGCCUGAAAGCUGUUUAGGACCAUGAAUGGGAAAUCUGUAUGUGUGAAGACAAGGACAGGAUUAUCUCCUUCCCCAUGUUGUGUUUCAUAAGGGGUGCAGACAACCCUUAUCAGUUACCAUCCAAGGUGGUUUUCCGCUUUUGCCUCUAAAGCUAUGAGUCCAGAAUUUAAGCACCUCCUAAACAAAAGAUAUGGGAAGAACUAUACCUUAGACAAAGAGAAUUCUUGGCCAAGCAGUCUCCUUACAUAUCAAUCAGUGCCUCUUACUGCCCUCACUUUCCCUCUUUGUUAAUUUUUUCUCACCCACCUAUAUCUUCAAGGCCAGGCACAUGGAUCUCGUUCCCCCUUUUGUUUCCCAGAAUGCCCCAGGUUAAAUGUUACUCUGGGGCAUUGUGGGAAAUGAAGAGUUGCUAGGUCCAGCUUCUCAGAGUAUUUCAGUGCAAAUAGCUAAGCCUGGUUGAUCCCACUGGCAGAAAGGGGUCAACUAAGAGGCCCUACCACCUUCACAUUUGGAUCUCUGCAAGGGCAUAAUGUGCUUUGGACUUGGAAGAUCCAGUAUUAUCUUUAAUGGAAAAGUUGCUGUCCACGGAGGAACCAAAUCUCCGACAAUAGAAAGCAGCUUGACCUCACUUGUUAAAGCACUCAGUGGUUGUAUAAUACAACAUGCUGAACCAUGUCAGCAAAAAGUCUGACAGAUGAAGUCACUCGACAUGCUAAGCCUGAUUUGUGUUAACCUUGGUUAGAUUUUUGUGGCUUAUUGUGCUGAACCAAUUCAGCCUAUUUGGUUAGUUUAUUAUUCAGUGUCCUACAAACCCAGAAAAUGGGUUUAUUCAGUAACCAAAGUAAGCAUCUUGCACUAAUAUAGCCACCAUUAGAUGCAGUGGCUUUGGAGAAUUCUUAAUCUCCUGGAUUUAUUACUUCUGGAGCCAUCCUCAUAACUCCUCACUUCCUCUGCCUGUGUCCUUAACCUACCAAGGUUUGAUCCCUUAGUAAUUAGUUGAGUCCUAUCUUUUCGCUAUUGUAAGAUGGCUCUGGAACUCAUUUUUGACCUGCCUAGAACUUUGUGCAGAAAAUCCCACAUUGUCAGGCUCCUCCUUCAGCUAGCUCAAACUUGGAGGAGACUGCCCAAAUACUUAACACAUAAUGGCUACUGAAGAAAGCUGAUUGCAGAGUACACUGAAGCUACUUAAAACUGUCCUCUAUCAAAAUUAGGGUGUGUUCUCUUCUUAUACCCCCUGCAGUUUAAACCUAGGAUUUCAUUCUCCCCCCGUUUUCCACAACUUAACAGAGAUAUAUUGUUUAUGUUUCUCAGGCAUAGUACAAAGUGAAGGUCAGUCCUGACAUAUCUGGUGAUCUCUAUCUCCCAAGGAAUCAGCCACAAUGUUCUUAAAUAGGGUUAGGAAUAGUUCUCCAGAAAAUGUUCAUGGAUGUCCCCUUUCCACAACAGUCUUUUUAUAGAUAUGCCUAGGAUCCCUUCAAAAUAAUGAACCCUACCCAUAAAAUGCUGCAUCUGGAAAGACCUUGAAACAUGGAUUUACAAGCUGAGAUCCAAAGUCAUCCCAGUAUCGAUCCAAAUUGGAUUUUGAGCCCCAUCAGUCCAGCUUGCCUCAUCAGAUGUUGAGAGAGGAGCUGUAGGCAAAAGAUCUGAAGGUGUGUUCAAGGAGGAAGAAAGAGAUAGUUACGAAAGAGACUGAUAGUUGCCAAUAGUAAAUAUGGGUUAUUUUGCUUGUUAAAAUGAACAUCUUCCUCUCCCCUUCAAAAUCUGGUUAAGAUUCCUUUGGAGAUUAUUGUUCUCUAUUCUGAUCCUGUCCUCUGCCAUUUUCAGGGACCUCAGAAGGAGAGGACCUAGGACUCAUUCAAGAUAACUCCAUGCUUGAUGACUCCUUGCAAUUUAACAAUGGCCUGGAGUUUUCUGUCGUUUCUUUCAUCUGCGACGUUUUACUGUGAAAGUUUAGAAUAAAUGCAUGGUGUGUGCCAUAAUGCAGCUGUCCACACAAAAGCUUGCUUUCUUAGUUAUUAUUCCCAUAGGACGUUGGUGCAUACGAAGUCCUUGAUGAACGUGCCUUCCUCUCAAAUUAUAGAAGCUCAGGGAGGGAAGAACUCAUCUAAAAUGCAGCACCUAUCAGCACCUCCUCGUUGCAACAAGCUGUAGCAUCUUCUUGGAUGUGAAGGCAGGACAGGAGAGGGCAAACCGCUCAGCUGGUGUUCAGAUUUCACUUUGCCAUCCCUAAGCUUUUUUAAUUUACAAGGCAGAAGUGGGCAGGCAGGUCAUGUGCACAUGCAGAAGGGGUACAGAAAUGGUGAAUAAUACAUAAUGCCUGAAGAAAGGGAUGUUGAACCUAUAGUUUAGAGUCUGGCUCUUUCUCAAGACAGGCUAUUAGGAUGAAAUUGUCUGGCCUCGCACGUGACUUUUUGGGUGGGAAAGGAGGGAGACCUGAGUCCCCAUCUAUCACUUGAACCCACUUGUAAUUAAAUAUUAACACACUGGCAGAAUUUACUGAGUUUAAGGUAAAAGUUUCCUUAAAACCACUUUCCUGAGCUAUGGGCUAAUUUUGUUGCUCACUAUUUUCUCACCAGUUCAAUCUAUUAAUGUUUUCUUGGAGCUGGCACUCCUUCCCUAAGCUUCAGACUUACGUAUGCUCAUUUAUGUACAUUAUGUAAGUCUCAUAGAAUUCUGCUGGAGUACUGCCCAGUAAAAAUGUGAAGGGCCAGGCUGCAUAUUUAUAAGGUACAGCAUACAGCCAAAAUCGUUGGUGAAUGAUAGCUUCUGUUAAAAUCCUUCUGUCUUCUUACCUUUUUAAAAAAUUCUUUGAUAUCCACCUGAAUAUGAGUUCUGUAUAAUUCCAAAUCUUACAUGUGGCACUGUGUACUUUGGUUAAUCCCAAUAAAAGUACUGAUUUCUUUGA